AUGUCUCUUUCCAAAGUCCAUACUUUCACAGGGCACACCGAUAAAUGCUGGUCGAUCGAUAUCGAUCGAACUCGCUCCCUCCUGGCAACGGUGUCUUCGGAUAAAACAUGUCGAAUUUAUAACUUGAAUACGAAACGGUUAGUCGGUGUGCUGGACGAUAGCACACAUACAAAAACCAUGAGAUGCGUGAAGUUCAGGCCAACAGGACCUGUUCCCUCGUUAGCAAUUGGGUCAUUCGAUUCGACAAUCUCGAUCUGGAGCAAGGAGGAGGAAGACUGGGUCUUGAUGGCGAUAAUUGAAGGUCAUGAAAAUGAGGUCAAGAGCGUCGACUGGUCGCACGAUGGAAUCUACCUGGCCUCUUGUUCCAGGGACAAAUCGAUUUGGAUUUGGGAAGCGGACGAUAGCAACGAGGAAUUCGAGUGUAUCAGUGUCAUCCAAGAACAUGAACAAGAUGUCAAGAACGUCUCCUGGCAUCCAACCAAAAAUAUUCUGUGCUCCAGCUCGUAUGACGACACUUGUCGUGUUUUUAAGCAAGACGCCUACGACGAGGAUGAUUGGGUGUGUGUGGCUAAUUGCCAAGGCGCUAAUGGAACAGUGUGGUGCUCCGAUUGGGAAAAAAAAGAUACGUUCAGAUUUGCCAAUUGCAGCGACGAUUCAUUAGUAAGAAUAUGGAAAAAGACAAGUCCAGACCAGGAAGCCACACCAAACGGCAAACUACCUUCCACCCUGAAGUCGGAGGAGGAGUGGGUUUUAGAGGCCACUUUACCAAAAGUCCACACAAUGCCUGUGUACGGCGUUGCAUGGAAUACGAACGGGUUGCUUGCCAGUUGUGGGUCGGACGGCCGAAUAGUCGUCUAUUCGGAAUCGGAAGGCGAGUGGAAGGUUUGUGCCGUUCAGGAGCUAGGACAUGAAGUGUUUGAGAUCAACUGUAUAAAGUGGUGGAACGAAAAUACGCUUCUGACUGCGGGCGACGAUGGAGCGGUAAACUUGUGGACAUUGAACAUAUGA